AGAAAAAAAAACCACUUGUUUCCCCCUUAUAUUCUCUCUUCUUAAAAAAAAAAAACUUAAAAUCUUUUAUUCUUCUUUAUAUCAUCUCCACAGACUCCAACAUCUCUCGCUCAAGAAAAACAUGAAUGGUGAAGAAAGCUUCGUUGAAGACUGCUCUGAGUUCGUUGAAGUUGACCCUUCUGGAAGAUAUGGAAGAUACGAGGAAGUACUUGGCAAAGGGGCUUCGAAGACAGUAUACAGAGCCUUUGAUGAGUACGAAGGGAUAGAAGUGGCAUGGAACCAAGUCAAGCUUCGGAAUUUCACAAGGAAUCCUGAGGAGUUAGAAAAAUUCUUCAGAGAGAUUCAUCUUCUCAAGACCUUGAACCAUCAGAACAUCAUGAGAUUCUACACUUCUUGGGUUGAUACUGACAAUUUAUCAAUCAACUUUGUCACUGAACUCUUCACCUCCGGUACUCUCAGACAGUAUAGGUUGAGACAUAGAAGAGUGAACAUUAAAGCGGUGAAGCAAUGGUGUAAGCAGAUUUUAAAAGGGCUUCUCUAUCUUCAUAGCCGUUCUCCUCCAAUCAUCCAUAGAGAUCUCAAAUGUGAUAACAUUUUCAUCAAUGGAAACCAAGGAGAAGUCAAGAUCGGUGACCUUGGACUCGCAGCUAUUCUUCGUAAAUCACAUGCUGUUCGCUGCGUUGGAACCCCUGAGUUCAUGGCACCAGAAGUGUAUGAUGAAGAGUACAAUGAGCUGGUUGAUGUAUAUGCUUUUGGAAUGUGUGUAUUAGAGAUGGUCACUUUCGAUUAUCCUUACAGUGAAUGCACUCACCCUGCGCAAAUCUACAAGAAAGUUACUUCGGGGAAGAAGCCUGAAGCUUUCUACUUAGUGAAGGACCCUGAGGUUCGUGAGUUCGUUGAGAAGUGUCUAGCCACCGUGUCGUCUAGGCUAACUGCAUUGGAGCUUCUACAAGACCCUUUCUUACAAGAUGAUGAUGAUGAUAUGAGACCCAUUGAUUAUUACAAUGGUUAUGAUGAAACUGGAGUGUUCCUUAGACAACCUCUGAUAGAUCAGAUUGAGCCACAGAUAUGUGAGAUCAAUCUUUUCGCUCAAGACGAUGAGGAAGACUCUGACCAUGUCGAUAUUUCGAUAAAAGGGAAGAGAAACGGUAAUGAUGGGAUCUUCUUGAGACUUAGAAUCUCUGAUGCAGAAGGACGUAUAAGAAACAUAUACUUCCCGUUUGAGACAGCUAUAGACACAGCGUGGAGUGUAGCAGCAGAGAUGGUGUCUGAACUCGACAUAACGAAUCAAGACGUUGCUAAAAUCGCGGAGAUGAUCGAUGCAGAGAUUGCUGCAUUGGUCCCUAACUGGAAGAUUGAUGGUGAACACAACGUUACGGAAAGUGAAGCAAAUGUAGGAUUCUGUGGAAACUGUGCUACGAAUGGGUAUAUACAAGAGACAGUGUCAUCAAACAGCGAAGUCUCGGGAGAGAAACCUCACCAACAUCAUAAUCAUCAGUUUGAUGAGAGAAGCUGUUCUUCGGUACACGGUAGGUUCGAGGAGAUAAGUUACCAAGUGGAAGGACAAGAAGAGCAUGGAGAUGGUGUUGUUGUGUCUGGAGAAGGUAAUAAUAAUAAUAACGGGAUUCAUUACGCGGAUAUUUGGGGGUUGAGAGAAUCACGUUCAGAUGAUGGAGAAGAAGAACAGAGGUCGGUUAGGAAGGUGAGAGGUGAGUGGUGGUCGGAGAAUGAGAUAAGGAGAGAGUUGAGAUGGCUUAAGGCGAGACAUAAGAUACAGCUAGCGAGAGUUAGUGAUCAUCAGAGGAUCUGUUGUGAGAAACAGACGGAGGCAGCUUCACCGACUCUUCUUUACAGGGCGAUCUCGCUUCCUGUCGAUGCCGUCGACAUAUGAGAUUUGUAAACUGUAGUUUUAUGAGAACAUCAUCUAAUCAAAUGGAUUCACACUACUUUAUAUUCAUUAUUUUACUAAAAAGGUAUAGCUUCGCUUGUAAAACUUUCAACCUUUUAUCUGAACUGAAUCAGAGUCGGAUCAAAAGUCUCUCUUCAAAAGUUUAUGCAGACUGAAUGCAAUCCAGCAUUAGAGAUAUGAGAUCA